AUGGAGCCUGCGGAGCCCGCGGAGCCGGCGCGGGACGCGCCCCGGGCCCAGGCGCUGCUGCGUGAGCUGGAGGCGCUGGUCCAGGACGUGGUGCGCGCCAGCUCGUGGUGGGAGCGCCACGGCGUGGACUGCACCAUCCUGGCGCUCAGCCUCCUCGCCUUGCCUGCGGGGUUCCUGUGCCUGCGCUCGGAGAAUGUGCUGGUCUUUGCCACCGGCAUCACCAUCUUGGGUAUGUGCCACUACACGCUCACCGUCAAGGGCAGCCACCUGGCCACUCACGGUGCCCUCACGGACUCCAAACCCUGGAGUAAGAUCUGGCUGCUCUUCUUCGUGGAGGUAUGCACGGCCUUCACUGCAGAGUGCGCCAAGCACGGACACGUCAAGAUGCACCACGCCUACACCAACGUGGUGGGCCUGGGGGACUCGAGCACGUGGAGGCUGCCUUGCCUCAACCGCUACGUCUACAUGUUCUUAGCUCCUCUCCUGCUCCCGAUCCUGACCCCACUGGUGGCUGUUGAGCAGCUGAGGCAGGUGGAGCUCAGGACGGCUCUGCGGACGCUGGGCCUGAUCUCCCUGGGCCUCUAUUCCCAGUACUGGCUGCUCCUAAACGUGUCGGGCUUCAGGAGCCCCAGCUCGGCCCUGGUCUGCAUGUUCCUCAUCAGAUCCCUGCUGGCCCACCCCUACCUCCACGUCAACAUCUUCCAGCACAUCGGGCUGCCCAUGUUUUCCCGGGACCACAAGCCCCGCCGGAUUCACAUGAUGAGCCUGGGGGUGCUUAACCUGGCCCGGCUGCCCCUCCUGGACUGGGCGUUCGGCCACUCGAUCGUCAGCUGCCACGUGGAGCACCACCUCUUCCCCAGGCUCUCCGACAACAUGUGCCUGAAGGUGAAGCCCGUGGUGUCCCAGUUCCUCCAUGAGAAGCAGUUGCCCUACAACGAGGACUCGUACCUGGCUCGCUUCCGGCUGUUUCUCCAACGAUACGAGGAGUUCAUGGUGCAGGCCCCGCCGAUCACGGAGCUCGUGGGGCUGCAGUGAGGCUGGGCCCGUUCGGCCACCCCCUCCCCUCCCUGGCCUGGGCCAGCCUUUCUGCUGCUGCUGACCCAGGGGUGUGGCUUGGUGGCUGGUGGCGGACCUGGAGGAUUGCGGCACUGGGUGGCAGUGGGGCAGGGGAGCUCGCACCCAGGGUCCAGGGGGCCCCCUGCCUUGACAGCGUUUCUGGAUUUCCAGGGGUGUCUGGGGGAAAGCAACAAUGGUGGCUGGGCAUGCUGAUCAGUGUGGACCUCAGCCAGCUUCAUCGCAGGACCAAACAGCUGACCCCUCCUCCCUCCCCAUCUGAGCCUUGGUAGGGCUAAGGCGGUGACAGGGUGAGGAGGGAUCCUGUGCAGGGGCCACCUGGGAGACGGGAGGGGGCACAGGCAGAGAAGGGUCAGCCCCCUAGGCCGGGGCCUCCCUGGUGCCGGGAGAGCCCCACACUGGCUUUGGCCACUGCUGCUUCCUGUACCCUUUGAGUCACUGCCCACCAAGGUGCCCUCCCCCCAGGGACUUCAGGGCGAGCUUGCUUUUGGCAGGCGUGCCUGGCUCUCAGCCAAAGAAGGCUGUGAAGACACUGGCUCAGCAGUUCCCAAGGCCCACAGUGUCUGUGAGAUAAAAGUGAGUGUGUGUUUUGUGGGGAGAGGACUCCAGGGGAGAAAGUCCCUCAGGAACAGAGUUGGGGAAAGAGUAUAAGU